AUGGAACAAGAUGUUUUAAAUUUGAAAAACCAUACUACUCAAUAUAAAGUACUGAAAGAUGAAGAGAUAAAACAAAAAGCCCUGAAGACAUAUAUGGAUAGCGAUGAGUAUAAAAAAGAAGUUGAAGCAAAUGUAAAGGCAGAAAAACUUUUACAGUUGCAGAACCAAACCGUACAGUAUGAAAACUUAGCACAAGAAAGUAAAAAUAACGACGCAGCCAUGCAAAAGGCAAUGAAAAGCGCAGAAUAUAUAAAAGCUAACAAUGACUGGUUAGAUGCCCAAGCCAACGCUAAAGCAGCCCAGCUUAUAGGGUCAAUAAGGACAAAAAUACAAGCGGAUGAAGACAGUUCAAAUGAAGCUUUAACAAAUGCUGACUUUAAGAACGCCUUCGAAGCUCUUCAUAGUAAGGUGAAACAAGUGAACGACUUCUCAUCUGGAAAGAAACUGAAGUCUGAAGGUUUCGACAAAGAGUUAAGAGAAGUAGCACAAAAUAUGACGAAAAUAACAGAUGCAGCAACGAGACAGGCAGUUCAAAGUGCCUAUGACGCCGUUAGAGCAACUGUUGUGAAAAGUCAAGAAAAAGAGUUACAACAGACCAAAACAGACCUAGUAAAUGCUUUCUUAAGAACGAAAAGUCAGGUAGGACAUUACGCUGCAGAUGGAACAUAUGUGCCAGCUGAUGGAACUUAUAUACCAGCUGUUGGAAUUUAUAUACCACCAAACCCUCCAAGAGAAGCACCUGCACCAGGACUACCUAAAACAUUUACAUCGUCACAUGGACACAGACACAGGCAUGCACCAAAACCAACACAACAACCAACAGUUCAAAAUCCAGCACAACAACAACAACAACCAACACAACAACCAACACAACAACCAACAGUUCAAAACCCUGCACCUGCACCACCUCCACAACCAGCACCACAACCAACAGUUCAAAACCCUGCACAACAACAACAACCACAAACAGAGCAAGGACAUAAAAGAAGUAGAGAACAAGGAAACCAAGAAUUCUUAAAAAGGCUUAAGGAAGACUAUGGUUACCCAGAUAGUAUUGACUUUAGUGACAGAUAUAAAGAAGCUAUUAGAAAGUUCAAGGGAGGAAAUACUGACCCGAACCUAUUUAGCUUUAUGGUUCAGCACCAAAUGGGAUAUAAUUUCAAACCUGGAAAAUACAAGCUCGCUAAGGGAUAUGAUUUAAUAGCAUAUCAUCCAAAUGACAUGACUGAAUUUACUCCGAGAUAUUUGAUGUCAGAGCUAAAUGACAAUUCAACUC